AUGCUGACCUUCUUGUUGAGACCUGUGGGCAUUCUGUGCCUGUCUUCAGGGUUAUUGGUAAUGGCUCAAUUUGGAGGAGACCUCUCACCCAGGAUGAAUCAAGCUUACCUGACUCCCUUCCACAUAAAGAAUCGCAAUGUGGGUCUGAAAGUUGAAGGUUCAAGCUUCACACUAGAUGGCUCUCCUUUCCUGAUCAUAGCAGGCACUAUUCACUAUUUCCGGGUGCCCAGGGAGUACUGGAGGGACCGCUUGCUGAAGCUGAAGGCCUGUGGCUUCAACACUCUUACCACGCAUAUUCCCUGGAACCUUCAUGAGCCAAGAAAGGGCUGGUUUUAUUUUACUGCAAACCUGGAUUUCAUGGCUUUUAUAUCCAUUGCUUCAGAGGUGGAGCUGUGGGUCAUUCUGUGUCCAGGCCCCUAUAUUGGUAGCGACUUAGACCUUGGAGGCUUGCCUAGCUGGUUACUCCAGGAUCCAAAAAUGAAGCUGAGAACAACUUACAAGGGCUUCACUAAAGCAAUGAACCACUAUUUUGAUGAGCUUAUUCCCAAGAUAGUACCACUCCAGUACGGAAAGGGAGGCCCCAUCAUUGCUGUGCAGGUUGAGAAUGAAUAUGGUUCAUAUCAUCGGGAUAAAAGAUACAUGUCCUAUAUUAAAAAGGGUUGGAGGAGGAUCUCAGAAUGGCCCAAUCUCCUAUUUUUCAUUGCAGGGGUUCCCAUGCCUCAGCGACCAGAUUUAAUACCUAAGGCAAUAUAUAAGUCACUGCGAACACCAUACUACAUUGCACUGUGGGAUGUCAUACCCUACCUAAAGGAGGCCAUCAGCUCUGUCAAGCCCAUUUGCAUGGAGAAGCUGUCUGUGAACCAGGGGAACGGUCAGUCCUCUGGGUACAUACUUUAUGAGGUUAUGAUCUCCACUGGUGGCCUCCUUACCACAAAGAAUCAUGUUCAAGACCGAGGUCAGGUGUUUUUGAAUGAGAAUUAUCUAGGGGUCCUGGACCAUUUCACUAACCAGCUGACUAUUCCCACCAAAAUGGACUACAAAGAUAUCCCAACACUGAGGAUCCUGGUGGAGAAUCAAGGCCGCCUUGCCUAUGGGAAGGACAUCAAUAAGGAGAGAAAAGGAUUAAUUGGGGAUAUAUAUCUGAACAAUUCUCCAUUAAGAAGAUUUAAAAUCUACAGCCUGGAUAUGAAAACUAAAUUUCUAAAAAGGGACCUUCCUAACAUUUGGAAACCAGUCUCAUUCAAACCUCGGGGCCCUGCCUUCUUCCUUGGUAUCCUGAGAAUGGGUAAUUACCCCAAAGACACCUUCAUAAAAAUGGAGGGUUGGACGAAAGGUGUAAUAUUCAUCAAUGGACGAAAUCUGGGGCGCUACUGGAAUAUAGGUCCCCAGGAGGCCCUUUACCUUCCAGGACCCUGGCUUCAUCCUGGAUCAAAUGAGAUCAUUGUGUUUGAAGAAUUUAGACCUGGCCAGGAGAUCCGGUUCACAAACAUAUCUCAUCUAGGAUAUUGAAUCUUGAGUGGUGUGACAUAAAGUAGGAAAUUGUGAUGAGUCCCAUCCCCGGGGAUGUGAGUAACCUACCCAUCCUGACACCUUGGUUGCUGGAACUAACCUGUCUUCUCAACUUAUCCCAAUUUCUGCUUUGGGCCCACCAUCCACUUCCUAACUUGCCAGUACAUUUCUUUUUUGGCAUAGGUUAGGUAACCUUUUUCUGAUGCUUAUAACAAAAUAAACCUACUCAGUGCACACUCUUUGUCAUAUUGCUUCAAUAAAGGUUGUUCAACCACCAAAUAAAAUGCUAAAAAAAUGAGAAUAUGGUCAGAAUACUUGACCCCACAACUGUAAAUCUGAAGCAAAAGUGAUCUUUCAAGGAGAUUAAAUAAAUGUAAAUGUUAAUGCAGGAAAUGAUAGGCAGUUCAUAUACACUCUGCAUUUGCAAUGUUUAUAUAAAAAAGGUACUUUCCUUUUACCCUAUGGUGCUUGUUCCAUAUCACACCACUGGCUUUUUCAUACUCAGGGGAAAGGCCUCCUUCUUUGACACAUAUGACAACCAACUACCUGGUCCAGUGCUUCCUUAUCACCUUAUUAUUCCUUACCCACCUCCUGGCUACCACCUUCGGUACCUGAUUUGCAGUUCUUGAUUCUGGGAUCACCCAGUCCUCUGUGUGCUGUAACCCUUCUGAGGCACAGCAAGGGCACAGGGAACCAUUUAGGUGUCAGUGGUAAAUCAACUUUGUGGCACAGCCUGGGCAGGCAGAAGGGAGUUCUGUUGAGCUUCACUUUCUAAAGCCAUGCAAAUUCCAGCAUGGUAUAAACCAGCCCUGGGGUUAGUUGACAGGCUUUUUGGGAGCUUGGGAGAGUGGGUCACCACAGAGGUGAGCUGGCACUGCAUCAAGGCUGCUGAGAAGACUUCCAACCCAAGACCAAAAGGAAUCAUAACUGGACUUCAGACCAGUUGUACAAGGAGCUGCAUUCCUCCCAGAGUAAAGAUCCUGAGUCCCUUCUGCAUGUGCAAAUGCCAGGAGAGCAGCAGCACCCAGGUGGACCAGGACUUCCACAGCCCAAAGAGGUUGAAGAGCAUUAAUUCCCUGCUUGGCACUUCCUUUGCUGUUCCGCCACACUGCCCCGUCUCUCAGUCCAAGCUGCCAAGGAGGAAACAGCAAGCUGGAAUCAGGGAUCCUUUCCUCUAUCUCUUGCUUCCCCUCCCACCAU